CCCAAGGAUUAUUUUGUUAGUCGUCAAAGUGAACUACAAUCAGUUGGAAAAUGUCUUAACUAUAUCAGUGAUCAAAACAUGGUGUUGGGGAAGAUUAUCAUUAGGGUAGUUUUCGCGAUAUGCUUGCUUUUGCUCAUAGUUACGGACUAUUCCGGGAUUUUGCACAAAUUGAUUGGUGGAAAUAGGUCCGAUGAUCACCAUGUGUCACCCCGACCGACCAAUCCAGGAUACGGGGAUUCCAAGACUGAUAUAGACAUAGACGCUGACAUCGAAGAAGAAUCUGUCAAACAUUUAGGAUCUCAAACAACAAAAUCAAAAAUAGUGAAGACAAUUAAAAAAGCCUGUCUGCCAAAACUGAUAUGUGAGUUAACUGCUUCGACACAGAGGGAUAAGUUAACGGAUUCAGAGAAGUCAUUAUUAAGUUUACUUAGAGAUACAACUAUCAGUACAACUGCCGAACUGACAUCAAAAUACCACUUUGCCGCCCAUAUGGGCCAGCUAAUAAACGGAGUCGACGGAAACGGUUGCCAUAACUUUUAUCCUACAUGCCCCUUCCCAGGAUUGCAGGUCCUUCAGAUGAUGAAAAAAGUCAGGAUGCGCUAGAAUCUUACGAGAAAAGGAAAUCGUUACAGAACAUCUGCAAUUUCGGAAAAGCGUUUUCUUUUAAUGAUUAAGUUUUUUUAGGAUCCGAUAGAGAAGUUUAUGAUAUAGAUAAAAUUAAUAGACUUUUCCGUUGAUUACGGGGUGUUCCGAUAGGCUCGUUCCAAGAAACCGUCCAUUCCACUUUUGUUGGAGUAACCUGUUCCUUGUUUAAUUAAACAUCAAGUGUUAUAUCAGAUAUAAUAUACUAGAAACAAAAUUCUAGUUUUAUAGGGAAUGUACAUUCAUUAUAAAACUAGAAUUUAACAUACUACCAAUAAGCGUACCAAUUUCUUCAAAUUAAAAAAAAAACUUACCAUUUACCAUUUUGACUGACAACAUUAUUCUUAUUGCUUAUUUUGUAUGGAGUCCGAUGUUUUUUGUUUAAUUUUAUUUUAGAUUAACUCUUUAAGCGUAAUUUCGUUCAGACAGAUGUCAAACUUCCUUGUUUUAUAUUUUUUUCGUCUCACUAAUUUUCAAACAGUUGUCUAGCAACUUCUUAUUUUUUGCGUUAAUACUUUCCUAAAAAGAAGUAUUUUCGUUUGUAAUAUGCAUUCUUAAGCUUCUUUUUUUCAGCCAGGUUAGUCUUCUUCUUCUUCUUCUUUUUUGUGUCUCCAGUAAGUUAUCGUUUUAUCGUUUUCGUGGUCUUUCCACUGAUCGUCAAAGGAACCAUCUCUUGCCAUCUUUACUACUCUAUAUCUUAUGCGGUUUAUAUGAUCGUUUCAUUGUACUCUUCUCGUUCUUACCCAGCCCUUGGUUUGCUCCACAUUGUAUCUCCGUCGUAUUGUGGCGUUGAGCUUCCACCGCUCUAGCCCAACUGGGGUUCAGAUCCGAACUUUCAGAAACUCCCAACGUGUUUAAAAUUGGGACAGACAGGUCGUGGCUUACGGCCUCACGUAACGGAAGGUCAGCAAUUCAUUUUGAAUUAGUUGUCGAUGGAAAUUAGAAUUCUUUAAAGUAGUCUUUCUCCAAAGUCUGUUUACAAUAACAAUAAAAUGAAAUUAAACAUGACAUGUUUAACGAUUAGUCUACUAAUAUUACGUUCUUGGUAUUUGACCUAAUGACCUAAUUUCAAUCCGAAACGCAAAUGAAUACUUAAAUUUAAGACUCUAUGACGAAUUAUUAAAUAAUAUAAGGGUUUGUUUCCCAUAUCUUACAGCUAUACUUCUAGUUCUGUCCCAUAGCGUCCUACUAUCCAGUUAUUAAGGGUUUUUAUCUCUCUAUGUCAGCUCAUACUGGUGCCGAUAUUCACCUGAUCUUCCACUUCUGUUUUGAGAUUUCCGCAGCUAGAUAGUGUAAUUCCUAGAUAUUUACUUCAUCACUUAUUCUAUUAUCUGACCCUCCAGCUCCAAUAAACCGCCAGCUACGACAAAGAUCAGGAGUGGCUGAUGCAGUAGAGGGAAUAGCAAAACUGAAAUGGAAACGGGCAGGUCACGUGGCUCGAAUGACAGAUAACAGAUGGACAAAGUGGAUACUGGAAGAGAGACGACCAAGAGAUGAUGCCUACCGAAGCAGAGGUCUUCCACCAAUACGUUGGACUGAUGAUCUAAAACGUUGUCAUAGGAAUUGGAUGCCAGAGGCAUGAGAUUGAAAUAGAUGGAAAAUUAUGAGGGAGGUCUGUGUCCAGCAGUGGACAAGCGAAGAUUGAAAAAUGACAAUGAAUGAAAAUGAGAUUUGCUUUUAUAUCCUACCUUAACUUAGUUAGUAGAUUAAAGAAAUCAAAGAGGUCGAUUGCCUCAGAAAUAUUUCCACAUUACUAUUUGAAAGAUGUUUUGUAUAUAUUAUGUUACAUCUAUGUUUUUGUCCAAAGAACUAAAAACGAUACCUAUUAUUCGUUUCGGAGCUAUGUUUGUUACCUCAUCAGGUUCUAUAAAGGUCUGCUUUAGGUAAUUUGGUCUACCGUCAAAAAAUUGACCGCCAACAUCGGCCAUUUCCUCUAUAUUUUUGCAGAAUCUUCAUGUUACUUUGUCCACUCUGAGCAUUUUAAAGAGUAGAUAUCAUUGUGCAGUGACGACACCUAUUAUUACUCUUGUUUUUUUUAGUAUUUUCACGUAAAUAUUGAACAGGCGAUUUUAAUAAUAUUUUGCUCCGUGUUUGCUUGGAAUAUUUUCCCAGUAAGCUGCAUUUUCCGAUUCUAAACAUUUUCUACGAUGCAACUUUGUAACAUGAGUGGCAGCUUCUUCUUUAGCAAAACUAUCAGUAACCUUGUUAUUCCUUUAUGUCCUGGCAACCAUAACCAAGUUAUUUUGAGAUAUUUACAAAGACAAUAAAUUGCAGUUAUAAUAACAGAAACACGUUGCAAUUUGCCUUUCGUCCAAGAUUUAUUCUUCAAUUAUCUUCAUAGAAAUCUAUAAUUAUUAUCUCUCAUUAUUUGCCGUCUAACAUCUGAUCCAGCACAAAUUGAUCUAAAUAUUCGCACUGAUGAUAUUGAUAUAAAUAUUGGAUCUUUGAUACUGUGGCACAAAAUAUCUUACACAAAUGUCUUCUAAUAGUGUACAAUACAACCCCCAUAAUACCACUUGAUAUACUACGACAUUUGUUGUCUUUAGUUUUCCUAUUCUUGUUUUUUUCGUCUAUCGCUUAAAUCGAAUAUUCCUCAAAUUAAAUCGUGCCAUUACCUUCAAGAAUCCUCAUUUCGUAGUAAUUUUUCUGAUCUUACACUAGGUUAUAGAACGUUUUUAUUUAAAGACUUAAAAUUUUAUAUUGGCCGCAGAUUGAUUGAAACAAAAUUGUUAAAAUAAUCCUAAUAUACUUUGAUAUUUCUCAAAUAUUGUUGAUAUAUUCGGCAAAAAUAUCUUAUUUGAAACAAAAUCAGAAUGUUGAACAAAGAAACGAGCAACCAUGAAUUUCAAAUGUGAUACAAAAUUGUUAUAUAGUUGUACAUAAUAAAAUAUAGAUAUGAA